AUGACUGCGGCCCCUCCCAUCGCUCACCUCCCCGUAGAUCCCAUCCCCUUUCCCGCUUCCUCGGCCAACCCCCACUACCCAUCAAGCCACGCCCGCGCGCCACUCUCGCCCACCACCUCGCGCGCGCUCAACCAGCUCCCCUUGGACCCCUCGCCCAGCGCACUCGCCGCACACCUCCGCAAGCCCAGCGCAGCCUUCAACCCGACCUCGUCGCGCAGCAUCGCAACCUACUCGAGAACCACCGCAGAGGCCGCCACCGCACAGUUUGACCCCCUCGCACCUUCGCCUAUGCAGAUGGAGCCCUUCCCGCGCUACGGCGCAACCGCCCCCUCGGCUCGCCAGGGCGCCGCCUACCCGGCACACAACAGGGGGCCACUCGCACCCUCGGAACUCUACACAAACGACCGCCGGCGACAGCUCCAACAGCAGCAGCAGCAGCCCCCUGUCGCAGUCGCCGCUACCGCCGCAAAGCCAGCCGCCGCAGAGGCAGAGGCGCCCAAGCGAAAGGCAAAGAAGCCCCAGCUGCCCAGCCCGCCGCGCGUCAUCAUCGACUCGGACAACAGGGCCUACCAGACCGGGCAUCUCCUCGGUCAGGGCGGCUUCGCCCGCGUCUACGAGGCAGUCGACCCAGAGGGCCGCUCCAAAGCGUUCAAGGUCAUCGCCAAGAGCGCCAUCAUGAAGUCGAAAAAGAAUCGCCAGAAGAUCCUCGCCGAGAUCAUGAUCCACAAGUCGCUCGACCACAUCCACGUCAUCAAGUUCGAAGACACGUUUGAGGACGAUGAGAAUGUCUACUUCCGCCUCGAGCUCUGCAGCAAUGGGAGCCUCAACGACAUUGUCAAGAGGCGAGGCGCCUUCACCGAGCCAGAGGCGCGCUACCUCAUGACCCAGAUCCUCUGCGGCUGCCAGAACAUGCACCAAAACUCGAUCAUCCACCGCGACCUCAAACUCGGCAACAUCAUGCUGGACGAAAAGAUGAAUGUCAAGAUCGGCGACUUUGGCCUCGCCGCGCUGCUCAAGUAUCCCGAGGAGCGGAAAAAGACCGUCUGCGGGACGCCCAACUACAUCGCGCCCGAGGUCCUCUACGACCAGGGCGAGGGCCACAGCUUCGAGGUCGACGUGUGGUCGGUCGGCGUCAUCCUGUAUACGCUGCUGGUGGGCAAGCCGCCGUUCCAGACCAACAACGUCACCGAGAUCUACGAGCGGAUCAAGAAAAACGACUACGAGAUCCCCGAUGAGGCGCGCGUCUCGCUCGAGGCCCAGGAGCUCAUCACCAACAUCCUCACCCACAACCCCGCCGAGCGGCCCACGCUCGUCGAGAUCAUGAACCACCCGUGGUUCCGGUGCGGGCCGGUGCCGCUCUACAUCCCCGCCACGGCCACCAAGGGGGCCCCCUUCCUGCCGCCGCUGUCGCAGCAGGAGAGCCUGCGCAACUUUGAGCUGCUCAAGCAGCAGGCGCAGUGGAACCCGGACGCCGACAAGGAGCUCGACGAGCUCGCCGAGGACGGCGAAGAGGCCAUCGAGAUGCUGGCCGACGAGGCGCCGGCGGAGCGCAAGGGCCUGCGCGACGAGCUGCGGAUGCAGGAGGAGGCAGAGGAGAACCGCGAGAGGAUGGAUCGCGAGUUCCAAAAGGCCAUCGAGCCGGGCAGCCCCAUUUCGGCGCUGCUCAAGGCCGGACGCCAGCCGCUCGUCAAGGCGCCGCCGCUGCAGAACACGUUCGGGUCGAUGGCCAAGCGCAACUCGACCACGUCGCUCGCCCGCCAGCUCGGCAACCUCGCCCUCAGCCGGCAGCAGUCCGACGCCGCCAUCUCGGCCAAGGCCGACAAGGAGAACGCGGGGCCCUCGGCGAUGAUGAUGGCGCCGCCGCAAGGCGUGGGUGCACGGGCCUCGGCGUACCCGCGGACCGCCGCACCGGCGGCCACCACAUCGGCAGCAUCCCGCGGAGGCGCCGGCUACGAGGACAGCGAGAAGCGGCUGCUGCAGCAAAAGGCGAGGCUCGUGGCUGGUAUGGGCUCGGCGCAGAGCAGCAGAGGAGCGCUGCAGCGGCAAGGGUCCGAGGACGGCAUCGACAGCCAGCCGCCGACGCAGGAGCUGGCGCCGCGCCUCAGCGCGAGGUCGACGCUCAGCUCGGCGCCCUCGGGCCGCAGCCUGGCGUCGAUGCGCAAGCCCGGAUCCUCGAGCGUCGAGGUGAUGGCGCAGGCGUUUGACGACGCGCUGCAGGCCAUCAGCCAGGGCCUCGACUAUGUGCCGCUCGACGCCAGCGGACAGCCGAUGGCGGUCGAGAUGUGCGAGGUCGACGACGAGCUCAACGGCACCCGGCUGGUCAUCCUCAUCUCGUGGAUCGACCACUCGGAGCGCUACGGCCUCGGCUACGCGCUGAGCGACCACACGGUCGGCGUCUCGUUCCGCGACUCGACCAACAUGGUGCUCUCGGCCACCAAGACGACGAUGGACUACAUCAGCACGAUCAAGGCACGGCCCACCAGCACCGCCUCGCUCGCCGCCGGCUCGGCGGCGACGGCAGCCGUCGACCAGCUGCGGCGCGAGCACUUUGAGAUGCCGGCGUUCGACGCUGCCGGCGCGGCGGGCGAGGCGGGCGGCGAGGCGGCCGAGCAGUCGUUUGCCACGGCGCACGCGCGGAUCCCGCAGACGCUGCACGCCAAGGUCAAGGUGAUGCGCUACUUUGAGUCCGAGAUCAUGGAGCGCCUCUACGGGCCCAACGGCCCGCUCACCUUUGUCGACACCACGACCAAGACGGGCAUGACGUUUGUGCACAAGUGGUACCGGUGCCGCGACGCCAUCAUCUUCCGCCUGUCCAACGGCACGGUGCAGUUCAACUUCUACGAUCACACAAAGAUGUUCUUCACGCACCGCGGGCAGGUGGUGAGCGUGCUGGAGCCGUACGACGACGACCGGGAGCAGGUCAUGAAGAGCUGGACGCUGAGCGAAUUCGUCGACAUCGUCAAGGAAGACCGGAGCCGGCGGGAGCAGGAGAGCGAAGAGGAGCGCAGGCGGCUCGGGCUCGACGUGGCCGCCGUGUGCCGGACGAGCCCGCUCGAGAGGCGGCUGUGCCGGCGCCUCGUCAAGAAGCUUCGGUACGCCAGGGACACGCUGCGCACCACGCGGUCCAAGACGCCCGUGGCCACCAGCGGACUGGCGCCACCACCGCCGUCGGCAAACGGCAUGGUCAAGAGCACCAGCACCGGUACCCUCGCUGCCCGAGCGCGCGUCCGCUGA